AUGGCUGCCUCCGCCUCCUCUCUUCACCUCAUCCCUCAAACCCUUUCUCUCUCUCGCCACUUCUCAACUGCUUACUCUUUUCCACUCUUUACUCCCUCUUCUCUUAAACCUCUCCCAAAACUUACCAUAUCAAUAUCCUCUAAAAAUUCUAAUGGUGUCAUUAGCAGUUACGCGGAUCCCGUUUAUAAAUUUGCACGAAAAGCUUCUGUCACGUCUGAGUUGGACGAAUUGGAAAUGGGAGAAGAGAAUGAGGGCUUUGAUUUCCCUAGUGGAGAGGAGCGCAGAUUCUCGCCUGACCUUAAGCUUUUUGUGGGAAAUUUAUCUUUCAAUGUUGACAGUGCUGUUCUCGCAGGCUUGUUUGAACAAGCCGGAAAUGUUGAGAUGGUUGAGGUUAUCUAUGACAAGCUUACAGGAAGAAGCAGAGGGUUUGGUUUCGUUACAAUGUCUACUGCAGAGGAAGCUGAAGUUGCUGCUCAACAAUUCAAUGGAUAUGAACUUGAGGGCAGACCACUGAGGGUGAAUUCUGGACCUCCGCCUCCCAAGAGGGAAGGUUCUUCAUUCAGAGGACCCAGGGGAGAUAGAGAAGGUUCUUCAUUCAGAGGACCUAGGGGAGAUAGAGAAGGUUCUUCAUUCAGAGGACCCAGGGGAGAUAGAGAAGGUUCUUCAUUCAGAGGACCCAGGGGAGAGAGGGAAGGUUCUUCAUUCAGAGGACCAAGGGGAGGGUCGAGGUCAAGUUUCGAUAAUAGCAACAGAGUUUACGUGGGAAACCUUUCAUGGGGAGUUGACGAUCUUGCUCUUGAAACCUUGUUCGGUGAGCAAGGAAAGGUUAUGGAGGCCAAAGUGGUUUAUGACAGAGAGAGUGGUAGAUCAAGGGGUUUUGGGUUUGUGACUUACAGUUCUGCUGUUGAGGUCAACAAUGCAGUCGAAUCGUUGGAUGGCAUGGACCUCGAUGGCAGGUCAAUUCGAGUUAGCCCGGCUGAAGCUCGUCCGAGUCGUCAGUUUUAA